UGCGCAGCAGUCAUAUGACUGAUUUGGUUUGGAAGCUGCAUGGGCUGAUGUUUUAGCGACUGCCGCGGAUGACGGUGGAGGAAGUCAAAGUCUUCCGUAUUCCUCGUGGUUGUGAAGUUUGUGGAUGUUUUGUUGUACUAUUGUGAGCCUCCGAGAUGCAUAUCGUGUUGUGUUUGCUGGCCGCUUUUGGGCUCGGUUCGCACGCUCAGUAUGCUCCUGAUGAGGUGACGGAACUACCCGGUAUGACGUUCAAACCGAACUAUCGUCAAUGGUCCGGAUACCUCCAAGCUGGACCCGGGAGGUUCCUGCAUUACUGGUUUGUGACUUCUCAAGAAGACCCCGCCACCGACCCUGUGGUCCUCUGGCUGAACGGAGGCCCCGGCUGCAGCUCCCUGGAUGGAUUCCUGUCAGAGAAUGGACCGUUUCACGUAAACGAUGAUGGAACCACUCUCUAUGAGAACCUAUACAGCUGGAAUAAGAUUGCAAAUAUGCUGUAUCUUGAAUCCCCUGCAGGAGUGGGAUACUCCUACUCCGAUCAGCCUUACCCAAUUGAUGACAACCAGGUUGCUGAAGAUAAUUACAAAGCCCUGCAGAGCUUCUUUAAAAAGUUCCCAAACUUCACCCAGAACGAGUUUUUCAUCUUUGGAGAGAGUUACGGUGGAAUUUAUGCACCAACGCUCAGCCUCCAUGUGGCCACAGGAGAGGCUAAAAUCAAUUUUAAGGGCUUUGCAGUUGGAAACGGUCUCAGCAGCUUCGCUCUGAAUGACCAAUCCUUGAUAUACUUUGGUUAUUAUCAUGGCCUCUUUGGAGAAGAUUUGUGGCGCGAUCUCAACAUAAAUUGCUGUAAUAAGUCAAACUGUAACUUUUAUAACAGCAGUUCAGAGACCUGUCAGACAAUGGUAAAUGUGGCCUUUAAUAUUGUGUAUGAAACUGGUCUCAAUGAGUAUGCCUUGUACUUGGACUGUGAGGGCGGCCAAAGGUUCCACAGAGGAUAUGAGUUUGCCAUGAGACAUCUGUUUAAGAUGUUCAAGAAACAACUGCACACUUACAAGCUUCCAGGUACUAGAACUCCCACUCCGUCUCUUGGCGGAGUCCCUCCCUGCAUAAACAGCACGGCUCAGACAAACUGGCUGAACAGAGGCGACGUGAGGAAAGCUUUGCACAUUCCAGAUGUUCUUCCCCUGUGGGAUAUCUGCAGUGACGCUGUAGGAGAAAAGUACAAGACUCUGUACUCCACAGUGAAGGACGUUUAUCAGAAGCUGCUGUCUCUGGGCCUGAGGUCUCUCGUCUACAACGGAGACACAGACAUGGCCUGUAACUUCCUUGGAGACCAGUGGUUCGUAGAGGACCUCGGCAUCAAGCCCACCACCAGAUAUCAGACAUGGCUUUAUGAAGACCAGGUUGCUGGUUUCUACCAACAGUUUGCAAACAUCACUUUCCUGACAGUUAAGGGUGCAGGUCACAUGGUUCCACAGUGGGCUCCAGGUCCAGCUCUUCAAAUGUUCCGGUCCUUUAUAACAAACACCUCCUACUAAGAUCUAAUCAGGGCUGCAUUCUGCACACAUCAGCUGCUGUUUAUUUUUAAGGGAAAAAAAAUCAGUAAAAUGGGAAAAGGGACAAGGUUUAGGCCAUUUAACUGUGUAAGAAUUGUAAACUUCCUCAUGUGGGCUGGAAAUUUUUACAGCUCUUGGAUAAUUUUAAAUAUUUGCAAAUGAUUUCUCUCAGCCCAAAAACUGUUCUUUUCUAAAUCUUUGCAGUGCCUUAUUGUCAUUGUUAAAUGUGCAUGUAAUGUUAAAUUUUCUUUCCUUAUCGGUGAAAACCAAAAGCUGGUCCCUCAAUGGAGUUACAAAGUCAACUCAUUGGUGAUUCUAAAAACAAUCGGGGGUAAAACUAGUUUUUCUAAUAAAAACCAAACGAUGAUGUA